CAGUACCACUCCCGCGGCGGCAGGUGGCGGCGGCGCGCUCGCUUUAGCGCGACACGAUCCAGCCUCAGAAGCGCCAACGAAGCCGAAGAAGACGUUAACAACAACAGUGCAGCUCCACGCAGAUGCGAUUGCGCCCUGUCUGACCCAGAUUGAGUUUAAAAUGGACACGCGAGCCUGGAGGAACCCGUACCAUGACUACGACGGCAGCCCCGCCUUCACACAGGCGCUGUUCGACUGCCACGGCAAGCUCACCUCAGAGUUCGCCCAGCGGCUGAGCAGCAAGAUCAGCGAGCUGCUGGCCGUGAUGGAGAACGGGCUGAAGUCCGCCGACCCGAGAGACUGCACCACCUACACCGGCUGGGCAGGCAUCGCUCUGCUCUACCUGCACCUCCAUAAUGUGUUCAAGGACCCCUCCCUGCUGCAGAAAGCCCACGAGUACGUCAACCACAGUCUGAAGUCUCUGACCCGACGUCAUGACGUCACCUUCCUGUGUGGGGACGCGGGGCCUCUGGCUGUUGCUGCCGUGGUCUACCAUCGCCUGCAGAGGGUGCAGGAGACUGACGAGUGCAUCAACAGACUGCUGCAGUAUCACCAGAUUGUGGUGAAAGGUUCAGGCGGGCUGCCUGACGAGCUGCUUUACGGGCGAAUGGGCUACCUCUACUCCCUCGUGUUCAUCAACCAGCAGCUCGGGCAGGACCGGAUCCCACUGCAGUAUAUCCAGCAGAUCAGCGAGUCUGCGCUCGUCUCAGGCGAGCACCUCAGCAGGAAGUUCAGGGUGCAGAACCACAGCCCCCUGAUGUACGAGUGGUACCAGGAGCAGUAUGUCGGUGCAGCCCACGGACUGGCUGGCAUCUACUACUAUCUCAUGCAGCCCGGCUUCGUCGCCGUCGAGGAGUACGUGCACAAGUUGGUGAAGCCCAGCGUGGACCACGUCUGCCGUCUCAAGCUCCCCUCAGGAAACUACCCUCCAUGCAUCGGGGACGAUCGAGACCUGCUGGUUCAUUGGUGCCACGGAUCCCCGGGAGUGAUCUACAUGCUGCUGCAGGCGUACAGGGCCUUUGGGGUGCCUCAGUACCUGGUUGACGCCCUGCAGUGUGGAGAGGUGGUCUGGCACUGCGGCUUGCUGAAGAAAGGCUACGGGCUGUGCCACGGCGCGGCAGGCAACGCCUACGCCUUCCUGGCUCUGUACCGGCAAACGCAGGACCCCAAGCACCUUUAUAGAGCUUGCAUGUUCGCAGACUGGUGCAUGAACUACGGAAAACAUGGAUGCCGAACACCAGACACUCCCUUCUCACUUUUUGAAGGCAUGGCCGGCACCAUCUACUUCCUGGCCGACCUUCUGCAGCCGAUGAAGGCGAGGUUCCCGGCCUUUGAGGUGUAAACGUGUCUCCAAAGGUAGUCGUCCUCCUCCUCCGCCCACCCACCCACCCACCCUGCGGGAAAAUCUAACCAGAGGAAGACCCACACCUUCUGCUCUGUGUCACGUUGCUCAUGCAUGAAAGCACUUCAUCUUCAUCUCGAUUAAAAAAAACAAAACAAAAAAACCCCGGGACUGACUUUGACUUCCCGCUUCAACACGUUGUGCCAUGUUCUUUCCUGCUCUUUCUCUUCUGGGAACUCGACAUGUUAUUAAGAGGAUGAAUUCUAUACUCGCACCUCCACUUCAGAUUUGUCUCACAGAUGUGUCAAAGGCGAGAGCCUCUCUGGCUUUUUGUGUAUAAACGAAACUUUGCUUUAUUAACUUCGGCUCUUGCUCAGAUUGUGUCGUCUUUGAGGGUUUACGCAACUAAUUUUCAGUUUAAACGUUAAAUGGUGGGAAAACUAAACAGUGUUUACACUUAACAACUGUAUAUUCUGUAAGUUUGAUAU